GACUGGGGGGCUUGUCCCCCAAAAGGGCCCCCAGCUUCCCCCUUCCUCUGGGCAGGGGACAGAGAGGGGCAGGCCCAGGGAGCAGGGACUGACUUCCUCUUGUCCCGGAAUGAGCAUGCCUGCCCUUUGCAGGCAGGUUCAGGUCUCUGGCGCAGAGGAAACCAAAAGCGGUGAGAGGGAGGGAAGGCCGGCGACCAAUCAAGGGCAGGGUGAGGCUCAAAACUAGCGGGCUCCCUGGGGAGCCCGCCAGAGGCUGCGGGCCAUGGCGGAGCUGCAGCAGCUGCAGGAGUUUGAAAUCCCCACAGGCCGGGAGGCCCUGCGGGGCAACCAUAGCGCCCUGCUGCGGGUCGCCGACUACUGUGAGGACAACUACGUGCAGGCCACAGACAAGCGGAAGGCGCUAGAGGAGACAAUGGCCUUUACCACUCAGGCACUGGCCAGUGUGGCCUACCAGGUAGGCAACCUGGCCGGGCACACACUGCGUAUGUUGGACCUGCAGGCAGCUGCCCUGCGGCAGGUGGAAGCCCGUGUGAGCACUGUGGGGCAGAUGGUGAACAUGCACAUGGAGAAGGUGGCCCGAAGGGAGAUCGGAACCUUGGCCACCGUCCAGCGGCUGCCCCCGGGCCAGAAAGUCAUUGCCCCGGAGAGCCUACCUCCCCUCACACCCUACUACCGGAGACCCCUCAACUUCUGUUGCCUGGAUGACAUUGGCCAUGGGAUCAAGGAUCUCAGCACGCAGCUGUCGCGCACCGGGACCCUGUCUCGAAAGAGCAUCAAGGCGCCUGCCCCACCUGCCUCCGCCACCCUGGGGAGACCGCCUCGCAUCCCCGAGCCGGUGCAGCUCCCCGUCGUGCCCGACGGCAAACUCUCCGCCGCCUCGUCUGCCUCUUCCCUGGCCUCGGCCGGCAGCGCAGACGGUGUCGGCGGGGUCUCGCAGACCAAGGGGCAAGCUGCACACCCAGCUCCACCCCUCCCCAGCUCCCUGGCGCCACCUGCUCCACCAGCCACUGACGCCUUCCGGCUGCCCCCUGCGCUGGAGGACCUGGCCCCGCCCCUGCCGGAGCUGCCCCCACCCCUGGACCUGCCACCUCCUCCAACCCUGGAUGCAGAUGAAUUGGAGCUGCCACCUCUGCCCCCACCAGGCUUUGGGCCAGAGGAGCCCAGCUGGGUGCCCCCUGCAUACUUAGAGAAAGUGGUGACACUGUACCCAUACACCCGCCAGAAGGACAACGAGCUCUCUUUCUCUGAGGGUACCAUCAUCUGUAUCACCCGCCGCUACUCCGAUGGCUGGUGUGAGGGUGUCAGCUCCGAGGGGACUGGAUUCUUCCCAGGGAACUAUGUGGAGCCCAGCUGCUGACCCAGGCACUGCCUGGAGUGAGCCUCUUGAGCCCCAGGCCAAGGCCAGCUCCACCAAGCUGGACUAAGCCUGCCUGCCUGUUGGACUGGGAGCUGUGUCUGCCCCUUCCUCUCACUGCAGUGGGAGGGGGUCCUGGAGAGGAGGUACACGGAAUCCUGCUAAAGACAGCAAAGAACUGGAAGCCAAGGAGUUUGAUGAUUUUGACCAAGGACGACCCCUACUCCAUGCAGGAUGGGGGCUCCAGCUGCAAAUGCCAACUUUGAAUAAAACUCUGACCUCCUGAAGAUUGGCCUGCAGGGCUAGAGGGCCAGAGAAGGAGGACUGAAAGGCAUGCCAGCGCUAAGGCUCCUGCUAAUUGAGUACCACUCUGCCUGCUCCUAGCAGCAAUCUCUCGCCCAACUUUUUGGUCCUCCUUAGAUGUUCUCUGCACUAGACCCCUAAUGCCCCUUACAACUGACUGCA